UAUUUAAACAAAAAUUAUAAUUCGAUGCAUUUUAAAAAAUAUACCCAUCAUAAAACGUAGAAUAAUGAGGGGGUAAAUUUAGAUUAACAUUUUAUACGAUGUUAUCAUAGAUAUUGAUAUAAGAUUUCCAAAUUUGAACUGCACAGAUACAUUUUGGAAAUAACCUAUACAAUGCACAAUAUUCCAUUAUCAAUAAAAUAAAUUAGGAAUUAAGCAGAUUAUAAUAAAUAAAUUCAUACGUAGUUAGUAUAGAGAAUUUAAAAAAUAAUAUACAGUUGGUAUAUCACCACCUCAAAAAUUCUCGAAGUUAAACCAAUCUUAAUAGUUAAUUCCUGAAGAAUGUCUUCCACCAACAUUUUAAAGUCUCAAUCCUUCUCCAAGAAGAGAUGUUUACAAAAAAGGAAUCAAGAAAACUUAUAAAAUGAAAGAUAAUGAGAGAAAGAAGAUGGUAUGGUGUAAUAUAUAUAUGAAUGAAAUGGACCCAAUCUAAUUGGCUAGGUCAAAAAAAGGAAAGUAAUGUCGUAUUUGCUCAUAGGAAGAAGAAACUUCAAGAUUCAUCUAUCCAUGCAUUUGUAGUGGCACAGCCAAAUAUGUGCAUGAAGAAUGCUUUAAAAAUUGGAUUCUUUUAAAGAAUGGUAUUGAAAAGGUUUAUAAGAAUGAUAUUAAAUGUGAAGUUUGCUAACAAAAGAUAUCAAUGAAAAUUCACUUUUAAGAAGAAGUACAUGCAGAAAUAAUUUAAGAAGUGCCUAGGCAUUAAAAAGCAUGCUGGCUUAUAUUAAUCUUUAUAAUUUUAUUAUAGAUAGCAGGAGCUGUCAUAUUGGGGGUCCUAGUAGGCUUUUCCAAUGUUGGUUUAGCAGCAGCUAUUACUUUAUUGGGAGUCAUUUCAAUAGUGUUGAUAAUUUAUCUUGUUGCUAAAGUUACUCACAGUUUAACAGUUGAAACUAUUGAUUAAUGGGUAUUUCAAAAUUACCAUAAAGAAUAAAGUCCUGAAAAAAUUGGAAAUAUUAUAAAUAUACCUCCAUAACCUGCUUAAAACUAAAGCCCAAAGAGUCCGAGGUAGAGAAGAAAAUCUUGUGUUCCUUAAUUCUCUGGAAUAUAAAUGAUCUAAUUAGACCAAUAUCCUUUAGAUGUUUGAACAUUCGACUAUUUAAACUAUAUAAAUAUGUACUC